UAAAGCUAGACACAAAAUAUAUAAAAGACAAAAGUCACAAAACCCCAUUCAAAAGAAACCGAAAAUGGAAAGUUCCGAGCGAAAACGAUGCCGUUCCACCGUAGUCGAAACUAUCGAUGCGCCACUACCAAAAGUGUGGUCGAUAUUACGUCGUUUCAACAAACCCCAAGCUUAUAAACGUUUCGUGAAGAGUUGCAACGUUCGCUUCGAAGGCGACGGUGACGGAGGAGAAGGCUCCAUUCGGGACGUGACGUUAGUCUCCGGCGUUCCGGGGGAUUUCAGCACGGAGAGACUGGACGAGCUAGACGACGAGUCUCACGUAAUGGUAGUUAGUAUCAUUGGUGGUAACCAUAGGCUUGCAAAUUUCACAUCGAAGACAAUGGUGGUUGCGUCGCCGGAUGAUGAGGCGGACAAGACAGUGGUGGUUGAGAGUUACAUAGUGGAUGUGCCGGAAGGAAACAGCGAAGAAGAUACUAUAAUGUUUGUUGAUACCAUUAUUAGGUAUAAUCUCGUAUCACUUGCUAAGCUUACCAAGAAGAAGAUGGGACCAUCUACUUCUCUUUAAUUAGUUAAUAAUAGUUAUCUUUGGUUUUAUAGUUAAAUUACACAGUUAUAAAGUUAUAUAAAUCGUUGGUUUAGUAUAGCCUCGUGUUAAAAAUAAAGCAUGUCUUUGGUUUCUUGCGUACGUUUAGUCAUAUAUAUUUCUUGUGCUAUUUUUAUAUAAAAAUCUAUGUAAGAAAUACAAUUAAGCAGUGCUAUUGAAGAGUUACUUCAAUUAGUGAUCUUUGAAAUAAAGGAACGACAGCUAAAAAUCACGAAUCCAUUGU